CCAAACCUUUCUGAAGCAGAUAUAUUUGUCCACGCCGCCCUCCUCCAACCCCUCCGCUCUCCCCAGCAGAGUCUUUUCCUUCCAAUCUCCACUCAAUCCCUGCCGUUUUCGAUCGUGUGCGAUCAAAUCAGUCAAAAAUGGCCUCCAACGAGAAACAGGCGAUCAUGGGCAUCCCGCCCUUCAUGGUCGACUUCCUGAUGGGUGGUGUCUCUGCCGCCGUCUCGAAGACUGCCGCUGCCCCCAUCGAGCGUGUCAAGCUGCUCGUUCAGAACCAGGAUGAGAUGAUCAAGGCUGGCCGUCUGGACCGCCGGUACAAUGGCAUCGUCGACUGCUUCAAGCGCACCACUGCCGAUGAGGGUGUCAUGGCCCUGUGGCGUGGCAACACCGCCAACGUCAUCCGGUACUUCCCGACCCAGGCCCUGAACUUCGCUUUCCGCGACAAGUUCAAGGCCAUGUUCGGCUACAAGAAGGACAAGGAUGGCUAUGCGAAGUGGAUGGCUGGUAACCUUGCCUCCGGUGGUGCUGCUGGUGCCACCUCGCUCCUCUUCGUCUACUCUCUCGAUUACGCCCGUACCCGUCUUGCCAACGAUGCCAAGUCCGCCAAGAAGGGUGGUGAGCGCCAGUUCAACGGUCUCGUGGAUGUCUACCGCAAGACUCUCGCUUCCGACGGUAUCGCUGGUCUCUACCGUGGUUUCGGUCCUUCCGUCGCUGGUAUCAUCGUCUACCGUGGUCUUUACUUCGGCAUGUACGACUCCAUCAAGCCCGUCGUCCUUGUCGGUAACCUCGCCAAUAACUUCCUUGCCUCCUUCGCUCUCGGUUGGUGCGUCACCACUGGUGCCGGUAUCGCCUCUUACCCUCUCGACACUGUCCGCCGACGAAUGAUGAUGACCUCUGGCGAGGCCGUCAAGUACAAGAGCUCUCUCGACGCCUUCAAGCAGAUUGUCGCCAAGGAGGGUGUCAAGUCUCUCUUCAAGGGUGCCGGUGCCAACAUCCUCCGUGGUGUCGCUGGUGCUGGUGUGCUCUCCAUCUACGACCAGCUCCAGGUCCUGAUGUUCGGCAAGAAGUUCUCUGGUGGAAGCGGUUAAGCGCUGUCGGGCGGAUAGCGAGCUGUACCGAUGAGGCGGUGGUGUCUGCGGGGGCUAAUGGUGAGGGUGUACGUGGCAGAGCUGGGUUGAGGGGACGUUGAUAGAUGGGGAAGAUUGCAAACGCGGUGGAAGAGCUGUCCUAGGACAGCUGCGGGCUGAUAUCUAAGCCGGGUGGGAUUGGUCAUCCAGCCAGGUCAUUCACGGCCGCUGUAAUUUAGGAACCUCGGUUUUUCCCGGUGUAUUCUUCUGCAACGAUCAUCUCCGCUGGAGUCGACUUCAUCUCCUGGCUGUUUUCCUUUGGUUGCAUACGACUGAUAGAUCCCUUUCGAGAAUAGUUCAUAGGUUCAUUGAAUGGGAGUGCUUUCUUAUCGAUCCAGUUGCCUAAUUUCUUGUGCAGUCUGCGGUUUUUAGCAGACCCGAGACUAAAAAUCCGUGAUUUAUAUCUUUAACUGGCGGUUGUGGC